UGGACUGCGGGAAGAAGGCAAGCUGGAGAGAAGGGGUGCAGGGUCCUUUGGGAUACAUUUGAGUGGGGUGGCGGUGCCCUCACUGUCUUCCUGGAGCACCCCUUAGCUUCACAGGCUGAGGCAGUGGGAGACUCUUGUCAUACUCGCAAGGCCCGGCUUUGGCUAAAAACAUCCCAGCUUGGGCACUCACAGAAAGCUUCGUGGUUACUCAUUGCCUAAAUUGAUUCAGGCCAGUCAGACUGUGGUAACUUUUGGGUGACCCUGAUGAAGACAAAGCCAGGACUCAGCCUUUGUAUGGCACAGUCCCUGUUCCCGCGGCCGGGCUGGCGGGAGCUGAGUUGGCGGGAGCCCUGCCUGCUGGGGUAGAUGCCUGCCUGCCCAACUCAGAUGCUACCUCACCCACCUGCCUUUUGGUGCCCACACCCCAACACACGUGGGGAUUCACUCCCCCUUGAACUGUGCCUACUUUGGGGGGCUGUUUUUCAGGCGGGUUGGUGGGUGGCAAGGGCACUGGAGGUUAGCAAAGUCAGAGGCAGACAAAAGCUGGGAUUACCUGCGGGUGAAGAGGGUGUUGGGGAUCAGAGGUACAUUAACAUCUGGUGAGGGCCCUCAUGUGUGCCACAGCGAGUCUCUUGAUUACACGUAUGUUAUUUAGUUAAAUUUGUGAAAAUUAUGAGAUGCUCACCAACCCGGUGAUAAACUCGCCUCCUCGCUAUUGGCUGGCUUGGUCACAUGGCCGCCAACUUUAUUCAGUUGACAGCAAGUAGGAGGGCCCUGUGGAAGGAGAAAAAAAGACAACACGAGAAAAAUUAGUAUUUUCUACCUUCUGAAAUUAAUGGCCAUGAGUUCGUAUAUGGUGAACUCCAAGUAUGUGGACCCCAAGUUCCCCCCGUGCGAGGAAUAUUUGCAGGGCGGCUACCUAGGCGAGCAGGGAGCAGACUACUACGGCGGAGGCGCGCAGGGUGCCGACUUCCAGCCCCCGGGGCUCUACCCACGGCCUGACUUCGGUGAGCAGACCUUCGCAGGCGGCCCGGGUCCGGGCUCGUCGCUGCCCACCCGGGGUCACCCUCAAGAACCGGGAAGCCACUACGGCGCCCCGGGAGAGCCGUGCCCGGCGCCUCCUGCGCCCCCACCCGCACCCCUGCCAGGCGCCCGGGCCUGCAGCCAGCCGGGCGGCCCCAAGCAGCCGCCCCCGGGGACUGCACUCAAGCAGCCGGCCGUGGUCUACCCCUGGAUGAAGAAGGUGCACGUGAAUUCUGUGAACCCCAACUACACCGGCGGUGGGGAGCCCAAGCGGUCCCGGACGGCCUACACUCGGCAGCAAGUCCUAGAACUGGAAAAGGAAUUUCAUUUUAACAGGUAUCUGACGCGGCGCCGUCGGAUUGAAAUCGCUCACACGCUGUGUCUGUCCGAGCGCCAGAUCAAGAUCUGGUUCCAGAACCGGAGGAUGAAGUGGAAAAAAGACCACAAGCUGCCCAACACCAAAGGCAGGUCCUCGUCGUCCUCAUCCUGCUCCUCCUCAGCCACUACCCCCGGCCAGCAUUUGCAGGCGCUGGCCAAGGACCAUACGGACUUGACGACCUUAUAG